AUGGGCGGGUGUGUGGGCUCCCACCACGACUCCUCGGGCAGCCUCAACGAGAACUCGGACGGCACCGGAGUGGCUCUGGGUCGCAACCAACCCCUGAAGAAAGAGAAACCCAAAUGGAAGAGCGAUUACCCCAUGACGGACGGGCAGCUCCGCAGUAAGAGGGAUGAAUUUUGGGACACAGCCCCAGCUUUUGAGGGCAGGAAGGAAAUUUGGGAUGCCCUCAAAGCUGCUGCCCACGCCUUUGAGAGCAACGACCACGAACUGGCACAAGCAAUCAUUGAUGGUGCAAACAUCACACUACCCCAUGGUGCUCUCACCGAGUGUUACGAUGAACUGGGCAACCGCUACCAGCUCCCAGUCUACUGCCUGUCCCCACCCAUCAACAUGAUCGAGGAGAAGGGUGACCUGGAGACUCUGGAUAUUCCUGACCCCCCUCCCAACUCCGGGCACGAGUGCCAGCUGCGCCUGCGCCUGUCCACGGGCAAGGACCUGAAGCUGCUGGUGCGCAGCAUGGACACCGUGUACCACAUGAAACGCAGGCUGCACGCCGUGGAGGGAGUGGAACCUGGCAGCCAGCGCUGGUUCUUCUCUGGGAGACCCCUGGCAGAUAAAAUGAAACUGGAGGAGCUGAAAAUCCCAAAGGAUUACGUGGUGCAAGUCAUCGUGAGCCAGCCUUUAGCAAAUCCCACCCCGGUGGAAAAUUGAUUUCUCUGCUCCGUUUUUUUUUUUUUUGUUGUUGGUUCUGCUCUCCCGCGUCUCUGUUGUGGGGUUUUGUUUUUUUGCUGACCUCUCUUCUCUCUUUAGGGUUGUCCUGCUCCUGUGGAUGGGUUGCAAGAAACGACCGGCAAAAAUUCUCCAUCUGUGAUGGAGAUCUGCAAAAACGUAAAAAAAACAAAAACGUAACCUGGCCUCUGGGGUUGUCUUGAGCACCACAGCAAGAGGAACAGGGCAAAAGGAAGGGAAGG